GGCUCUUCUCGCAUUUCCACGGAUUUUGUCUCUUUCCGUCGGAAGGAUGCCUCAGUUCCGUAUUUCCGUGAGUUGCUUGCAACCUCGAACAGCAACGACUCACCAAGAAGUGAAGUCUCUGAAUCAAGCCAUGAAGGUCGUGGGUCUCUUGUCAGGGGGAAAGGACAGCUGCUAUAACCUGUGCCAUUGCGCCAAGCUCGGCCAUGAGAUCGUAGCGCUGGCUACGCUCGCACCUCCAGAGGGAACAGAUGAGCUUGACUCGUACAUGUACCAGACAGUAGGUCACGAUGCCGUCCACCUUGUAGCAGAAGCCAUGCAGCUGCCUCUGUACAGGCACGUCAUCACAGGCAAGCCCCUCCAGACCGACUCCUCCUUCGGCAUCCUGCGUUCUCCGUCUACCGGCACUGGCGAAGACGGCUCAGCUGCCGAGACGGAACAAGACGAAACGGAAGAUCUCCAUCUUCUGCUACGACAGGUGAAGCAGCACCACCCCGACGUGCAAGGUGUCUCGGUCGGGGCCAUCCUCUCCAAUUACCAGCGCUUCCGAGUAGAGACGAUUUGCUCUCGUCCGGAGCUCCAGCUGCAACCCCUCGCCUACCUCUGGCAGCGAGACCAGUCGGAGCUUCUGGAAGAGAUGGUGCAUGCAGGUGUCGAAGCCGUUUUGAUCAAGUGUGCAGGAAUAGGGCUGGAUCAGAGGGAUUUGGGCAAAUCGCUGGCGAUUAUGCGGCCUAAGUUGGAGAGAUUAAAGGGACUAUAUGGAGCUCAUGUUUGUGGAGAGGGAGGAGAGUAUGAGACAUUGACGCUAGAUUGCCCCCUUUUUGAGAAGAGAAUACGACUCGACGAGACCGAAACGGUGGUGGAUUCGACGACGAGCUUUGCAUCUGUGGCAUACUUGCGGGUACAUAAGGCUACUUUGAUAGACAAGGACGCUAGCUCAUCCAGAUUGGACGACGUCGUCAUCUCCCCAGCGCUCGAUAGGCUAGGCACUCGCACAAAGGUUGUAGCUUUGCAUGCGCUUCAAGGAGCAGGCAGCUCGAUUUCUGCCACCCACACUCGUCUUCCUCGCUUAGCAAAAUCCGUGAUUCUGGAUGCUCAUAGACAACAGACGGAGGCCACUCACCGUAGCAAAGGGAAAUGGGUCGCCUUCUCAGGCAUUGCAGCCGAUCUGGACGAGCUCCCCUCCUCACAAAAAGAAAUCUCACAUGACGCUGAAGUUUAUGCCACCUUUGCCAAGCUCCGGCAAGUCCUGAGAGCUCACAAGCUUGAUCUGCCACACGUUCAGCACCUCAACCUCUCGCUACGAGAUCAAGCAUCAUUUGUGGAGGUGAACAAGGUGUACAAGCAGCACUUCGAUCUCGAGCCGCCCACGAGGGCUACCGUCGCCCUCCCCCAUCUCAGGGCGGCAGGCGCCACGCAGCGCACUGUAGAGUUAGACGGGUGGGCGUACGGCGAUGGGUCUGUCUACACAUGCGAGACAGACCCCAAUGGCAACCUUCUCUCUGCCUCUUCACCAGCACCUGCUAUGGCACCCCGCCUCCGCCAACUGCACUCCGGCUCCCGCUCUCACCGUCAAACCCUGCACGUGCAAUCCCUCUCCUACUGGGCCUCCGCCAACAUCGGUCCCUACUCACAAGGCCUAAUCAACGCUUCGCGCAUGAGUAUCGCUGGUCAGAUCGGACUGCUUCCCGUUGAUCUCUCCCUUCCUUCGGGUUCGGGCCAGGAAGGUGUGGCCAUGCAGUACGCCCUCUCUCUGCAGCACGCUAGGCGAAUCUUCACUGCUGUGCUUGAGGAGAGGAACAGGGGUGGGAAGGGAUGGGUAGAAGGGGGAGUGUGUUGGAUCGCUUCGCCUACGGUGGAAUGCGAGGGUGAGACAUCAGAGAGGCUGAAGGCAGCUCUGCGCUGUUGGGCUGUACAAGACAGUGCUUCUGGAAUCGCUCCGAUUGGACAGUCCACAGUACAAAGUUCCUCAGAGGAGGACGAGGAUGAAGACGCGGAAGAGCAGGCUUCAGACUGGCUCUUCGGCUCAGAAGGCAUCGUCAAUCGCUCCAAGUGGCAAGGGUCGCAAGCACUACCGAUUCUGUAUGCCCAUCUAGGCGAGAAAGACCUACCGCGGGGUGCGGCUGUUGAGUGGCAGCUGACUGCGCACGACGGCCGGCGGCAGAGCAGCAAGAGUGCCAAAUACGCAGGAACCGGGGAAGUGGAUGAGGAUGAGGAAUACGAUGAAAGCGACGAAGCAGAGCGGCCUGUCGCGAGGCAUGACACCUUCACCCUCCCCCUCUCCUCCCUCCCGUCCCUCACCAGCUCCUCUUUCUCCAUCAUCUCGUCCUCAUCUUCAAGCACCCUCGAGCUCUCGCACCAGUACAUCUCCUCACCCAGCGGAUCCUCUUCAUUCGGCAUCAUCGCUUUGCGCUCCGUCGCCACCGCCACAGCCACCACCACCGCCAGCACUCCCGUCGACACCACUUUCAAUCCCAGAUUCGAAGUCACCGAAGAGACGAGAGGCGCUUUUGCGCUUGUGCAGGACAGACUACGAAACGCUCUCAGUGUCAAGGUCUUCGUAUCCCUGCAGGGUCAAGGGCAGGGGCAAGGGCGACUGCAAGGGCAAGGGCAAAGUGAAUCGCAAGGAGAGGAGGAGCAGCAAGGGCAAGAAACGCAGGAGCGAAUGGCGGCCGCUCGUGAACUCUUCUACGCCUUCGUUGAUCGUGGACCCAGCGAGGGAGGUGAAGAGAAGAACGAAGAGGGCUCUGCUACCAGCACUCCCUUGCCGGCACACGCAUUCGCGGCUGCUCUUCGCCUCUCUACGGCUCGGAGUGGUACGCACCAGCGAAAAGGACAAGGAGAAGAAGGGGCCGAAGAGAAGGGAGAGGAAGAGUGGGAUGAUUGGGAGGUAGCAUUCGUUUGGCAUGAUGUUGAGUGAGAGUACUUCAGAACGAGAUGCGGGUUGUAAGAGUCGUUUUCUAUUGUCGUUGUCAUUGUCAAUGUGGAUCACAGAGUAGGAACGCCAUGCUUCCUGAUAUGACAUGGCAAUCAAAGGGCCAGUCUCUACAAUUCUUCCCUCCCCACCACAUCU